AUGUUAAAGCCGCCUGCGAGUGCCUCCCGACCCGGCGACUGCGCAAAGCGCAAGGCCGGCCAAGCGGGCCGCGGACGGAGCGAAGGGAGCGCGCGGGUCCGCGGGCAGCUCCCGCAGCAGGGCCGACAGCCCCAGAGGAGCGAGGCCAGCAGAGGACCGCCGUGGGGAGGGGGCGCCGCGGAGCCAGCGCUGAGCUCCCGAACCGCCCCAGAGAGCCCCCAGCCCACGCCGAGAGAAGCCCCGGGAGAGGGAGGAGGCGAUGCGCAGUCCCUGCCGCCCGUGCCCUGCGCACCUCGGUACCCAAUCGCUGCCGCCGCCGCCUCUUCCUCCUCUUCGCCGUCGUCGUCGUCGAAGUCGUCGGCCGGCGGCGCCUCCCGGGAUAGGCCUUGCAGGCCCGGCCCAUUGUCUUCUUCUCCGGCCGCCGCCGUCGCCGGAGCCUCUCGUUCCCCACCCGCCGCCUCCCGCCACAGCGCCACCGCCGCCGGGCAGCCCCCGGCCGCCACCGGCACCUCACGCUCGAGAACCGCCCCACCGGGCUCGCCCGGGCUCCGCCCGAGGCCGGGACCGUCUCUCCGCGGCCUCUUGCGGAGCGGCUCCCCGGCAGACGGCGACGCGGUCUCUCUGUCGGCCGCAGCGGGCGCAGGGGAACCGCCGGGCUGA